AUGAUCAACCUGACUGAUUUUAUAGAUGAAGAUCUGGAUGCAUUUGACUUGGAGGACGUAGAGGCGAAUGGUACGGACUCUCAAGCACAAGCAAAUGGAUCCGGCGAUCCUUCAGAAUGGGGGCUGACCCCUGCACAGUUGAAUGAGUUACGCGCCAUUCAUGAUUCCGUUGCAGAACUGUUAAAACACUUUUGGACGUGCUUCCCGCCUGUUACUCCAGAGCUGGAAGAGAAGUUAGAGCGAAUGUCUCAAACAUUGCGAAAGUACGAGGCAAACCAACUCCGCGAAGCUGAGCGGCAGUUUGGUAGAAUCAACGUUCAACACUGCUACAGCAUGCUCUCCCGAGCUCAUGCACGAUAUCAAAUGUAUAUGGAAAGAAAAUCUGCUCGACAUUGA